CAGGAGGGUUUGUGGGUUUUUUUGGGGACUCUGUGUGCUCAAAGAUGGAGGGUUGAGAUUGGAUUUUUAGAUUCUAAAUUGGCUUUUUGUGUUUCUAAGAUAUGGGGAGUUCUGAUGAGCCCAACAAGGGUAUUGAUGCAUCGGUCGGCGGUUUGGUUUGGGUCCGGCGUCGAAAUGGGUCCUGGUGGCCUGGCCGGAUUUUGAGUGAGGAUGAGUUGCCGGAAAGCUGUUUGGUUUCACCGAGGUUGGGGACUCCUGUGAAGCUUCUGGGUAGGGAUGAUGCAAGCGUGGAUUGGUAUAAUCUUGAAAAAUCUAAGCGUGUGAAGGCAUUUCGUUGCGGAGAAUAUGAUGAUUGCAUUGAAAAAGCUAAGGCUGCUGCAGCUAAUUCUUCUAAGAAAGCUGUGAAAUAUGCUCGGAGGGAAGAUGCGAUUCUCCACGCUCUUGAGAUUGAAAGUACUCGCCAAUGCAAAACUCAUCCGGACUUCUCCUCAAAAGUAGAGAAUCAAGUUGGGGAACAAGAUGGUGUCAAAGAAUCGCCCACCAAGUUGCAUUCUGACGAAGACACUGACGAUACGACUGAGGAAUUGAGUAUUUCUGAAGACAAAUCAAAUUCAGUGCAAGAAUUGUCUCAAUCCGGUGUAUCAUUUGAGGAGCCUAAUCAUAUUGGUGUUUCUAAGGAGCAAUCUGUGCAGGGUAGGCCACGUAGAACUCCGAAUGAUUCAGAAGAUGAUGGAGCAGAAGGAACUAAGCGAAUGAGGGGACUGGAGGAUCUUGGGAUGGGUGUAGUGUCAUCAAAAAGGAAGAGGUCUCAAGUGGCGCACGUUCAUGAGUUCUUGAAAAGGAAACACCGUCGACGUACUUUGACAAAGGUUUUGGAGAGUACAGCCAUGGUUUCUGUUCCUGUUAUGUGUGAACAACUUGGCAGUCCAACUGGAUCAUCUCUCCUGGGAGUAUCUGACGGCAAGGUUUCUGGAUUAGAUUCUAAUGAAUCCAAGAAAAGUUUUUCAAUGGCAAUUAACAAUAACUCUGAUAGUACAGGAGUUUCAUGUGAGAAUGGAAACUCCUUAGAUGCAUCUGAACAUGCUGGUGAUGCUUCUCUUAUUAAUUGCAAACAGAAGGAGAAUGAAAUUUCCAGCAUGUCAGGGUUACUUGAGAAUGAUUCUUCUGACAAGCUAUUUGAUGUGCCAUUUGUUGGGGAGGAAAAAAGCUGUGGAGGCUUCUCUCCAUUAUUUGUAUCUUGUGCAUUGCAAAAGCAACAGGUUGGUGCAGGAGCACAAUCGAGUCAAAGCAGUCAAGUUGAAAAUGUAUCUUUGGGAAAUGAGGAAUUAAAUGAGUCUGGUUCUACCAGUUCUGGGGCUGCUGAUCUUAAUAAUAUCAGCAAUCAGAUAGAGAGAGGAGGUACUUCAAAGUGGCAGUCAAAAGGAAAGAGGAACUCUAGGAACACGAGUAAAAAUAAGAAGCAAGUUUUGAGAAAAUCUAUGGAUGAGGAUGAUGAACCUGAUGAAGACUUGACAGUUAUGGAGCCACGGGAUGUCUAUUCUCUUGGCUUCGGCCAAAAAGUUGAUGGCAACCCUAUGGGUGGAUCUGUCACUUCAAAUAGCUGCACCUAUCGAGCAAAGUUCAGACCAGCUACAGAGACCCAGAUUGAGGAAUUUCGAGGUUGGACCAGGCAUGUUUCUCCUAAGGAACCUCAUAUGAGAGGGCCAACAGCUGAGGGGCUAACUCCCCAAAGGUCGUUGCCCUAUCGUCAGUCCCGUUUUACAGUCAAUCCAAAAUAUGAGUCUUCAGAUUUUCCCCACAGAAAUUACAAUGCUGAUUUGUCCUUGUAUGACGUUAAUCUGGAGGUGAAAGCCAGCUAUCGUCCUCAGCAUGUUCCUUAUAUUUCCCUCAUGAGCAAAUUGAAUGGUCGACCCAUUAUAGGCCACCCUCUUGCAGUUGAGGUUUUGGAUGAUGGCCAUUCUGAUCUCCUAUUUAGUGGAUCCGAAUGCUACAGUAGCAGCUGUGAGUUAGAUGACGACAUGGGUGAAAAUACAUUGCAAGGUGUUGAAAUGGCUUAUGUAAUGAGGCCAAAUUCAGAUGGAAGGAUUCCUGCCAAGCAUCUUACCUCGCAAUCACAUGUUUCACCAAGAAAAUCACCCAAGUCAAGGAAAAAUAGUCUUUUGUCUAAAAAGAUCCGGAAGCUAUCUUCACUAACGGGUUCUCACGGGCGAAGCGAAGAGGAGAAGAAACCCGUGGUAGAGAAACUGAAGGGCCCUUCUAUAGCUUGUGUCCCCAUUAAAGUUGUUUUUAGUAGGAUAAAUGCCACACUGAACAGUUCGAUGCGGCCUGCCCAACGUGUGAUGACACCAAGCAAGCCAUGAAAUAUGUUUCUUGGAUGCAAAUGGAGUAGCUGGAUAAUUGUGUUUUUGUUUGUAGGAGUUUUGAUUCAAUUAGGCGGCCUAGUUUUUCGACAUUCAUGAUAUAAAUUAUGUUCAAUUACCAGUGCUGUACAUUAUGCCCUGAUCAUAGAGUACCUCCUUGUAUAAUUAGUGCCAAUGACAUUUCAGUGUGUAGUUUACCAGGAGUACAAUCAAAGUACUCUCAUGUUAGGCUGCUCUGGAAAUGUAUAUAAUGUACCAUUAGUUGAGAUAAAGAUGGUAAUCUGAUGUUAGGUUUUGAUGAUCUGAAAUCAGGUUUAAUUGUUGUUGGUUUAAGGGCCUAAUUGGUAGGGUACUGCUGUGUGUGUGUGUGUUUUUGUUUAUGGGAAAAUGGAAGCGAG